AUGACCGAAAAUAUAGUUGUCUUAGAAUCAGAUGGACAAAAUCCUAAUUGGGACGAUGAUAUGCAGAUUGAUAACCCUCAAGAGCCUCUUUAUUAUAUCCCACUAACUCAUGGGAGGACUCAGCUGCCUUUAAAAGAACGAAUUGCUUUACUGCGACAAGAAAUCAUUGAAAUAGACAAAAAACUUGAUGCUGAAAUUGAGCCUGAGCGCCAUGAAACUCCUUAUUCUUAUAUUUCAGAGCUUGCAUCAAUGACAAGCCAUGCAGAAUCUUUAAUUAGAGGGCAAGGGAUUCAUAUUGAAGGCGAUAUAGGAAUUGAAGGAAAUCUGUCUAGCAAGCUUGGCAAAUCAAUGAUAAAACUUCUAACAGAUGAGGAGCAAGCCACUUAUCAGCUCACUGCUCCAAUUCCUCAGUCUACAAUUGAAGCCCAAGAUCGAGAAAUUGCAACCCUAGCUAGCAUUUCAGCUAGAAUCUCCAAAUUAGAAGAAACUAUCGGCCAUUGAAGUGCGAGCAACGGCUACUACAGCAUAAUCCAAGCUCUUGCUUUAAUUAAAAAGCGAAUUUCUAUGCUGAACCCUAAAAAACUUGAGCAGUUGAGCUCACAAGCUGAAGAAUUGAAUGCAGAACUUGAUAUGGUGAGAAACCAGCUGGAGUUAAUGCAGAGUGCUGGGGUUGAGCAGAAGGUGAUUGAUGAUAUUUAUCCAUUUGUUGAUGUUUGCGACCAAGUCAUGCCUAUUGUUCCUGAAGUUUUGGAGAGAUUGGAGUAUAUCAAAAGAGUUCAUGACGAAGGGUCAAGAUUUAAUGAAAGAAUUCAGGAAAUCAGGGAUAGACAAAGCAGGAUCCAGGAAAAAUUGAAUGAAGUUAAUAACGAAGAGCUAAGGGGAGAGUGGGAAGCAUUUAAGCAAGAAAUUGAGGAAUCAUUUGGUAAUUUAGAAAUCAAAAUAAGGAAUAUAUAA